AUGAAAGUCAACGGCGUAUUCCUCCCAUGGGCCUUGGCCGCCGUCUCCCGACUCGCGUCUGCAGCUGACCCUCAGGUUGUGCUGGACAACGCCGCCUCCGUCAUUCUCGACUCAAUACUAGUAGACCAGCUGGUGCAGCAACUCUCGCUGUCUCAUGACGACCCAGUGGUGCUGUAUAGGGCGGUCGACCCAGCCGGUGCCGCGGAUCUGGACGAACCGCGUCUGCUACAGAUUGCUGGGGACGGAAAUCCUCCGACGUGGAUGACGGAAGGGGAUAAACUGCGCCUGAGACGGGCCGGGCUUAAGUUCGUCGACCUUACCGAAACGCAAGACCUUGGAUCGAGAAAUGCGCGGAGGCUGACCGGUACUAAGUAUCCGGAGAUCUCGUACCGCAGUGAGGUCGAAGAUGUAAUCUCGAAGUUGUCGACUGACAAUAUGCAUGACGUCCUCGAGAUCUUCACGGGCUUCUACAACCGCUACUACAAGAGCGACAAUGGAGCGAAAGCCAGCGACUGGCUGUACAGCCAGGUCUCCGGCGCCAAGCCCUCCUCCGCGCAUGUCUUGGUGCAGAAGUUCAAGCACUCCUGGCAGCAAUCGUCCAUCGUCGCGCGUUUCGAGCCGACCAACUUGACUGCCGAGUACAGCGCCACGGUAGUCAUCGGCGCCCACCUGGACUCAAUCAACCAAUGGUUCCCCCUGCUCCGUGCUCCCGGCGCUGACGACGACGGAAGCGGGACCGUCACGAUCCUCGAGGCGUUCCGCUCGCUCGUGGCUAGCAACUUUACUCCGCUGUAUCCGGUGGAGUUUCACUGGUAUUCUGCGGAGGAAGGCGGCUUGCUGGGUUCCCGGGACGUCGUCGCUCAGUUUGAGCGCGACGCACGGGACGUCCGAGGCAUGCUUCACUACGAUAUGACUGCAUACGUGAAGAAUGGGACGACGCCUACGCUUACUAUGAUCACGAGCGACGUGGACCCAACCCUGACUCAGUACGCGUUGUCCUUGGCUAAGGCCUAUGUUGAUAUACCAGUUCAAGGCAAGGACCUCUUCGCGGGUGCAGGUUCAGACCACAUGUCUUGGCGUGCCGCUGGCUACGCUGCUGCCUGUGGCACCGAGGCUGAUCCGAAGACAUUGGUUGACCCGUAUAUGCACACCCCGAACGACCGGAUGGAUAUUCCGGAGUUCAGCUUCGAGCACGCCAGAGACCUCUCGAAGCUUGCGGUCGCUUUUGCUAUCGAGCUAGGUGGGUGGGCGUGA